AGGGGAAGAGACACUUGUUGUCCCAGAGUUGUGGAACAAAGCACAUCAACGCACAUUUCUAUUCAAUAUCGUGCGUGAGGAAAAUCAGUGAAUCGAAUCGAAAGUGCGGAAGAUUGAGUUGGAACUCGUUUGUCGGCCUUGGAAGGCGUGAGGUUUUCGUUGGUGAAAAAUGAAAGCUCCUAGUGGAGAAGAUGGUUCUGAGGAUGGUUUCAAUAGUCGCGGAUUCUUGAUUAGUGAACAGAAUCGAUUGAUCACUGCUGUGCUUCUGCCUGCUUCUACUGUGAAUCCUGGUGCUGCUGAUGAGGGUAAAUGAGUGUCUAAAGUGAAACGAUUGGUCAGCAUGCCCAUCUUUAGACUGAGACGAAAAGCUCCUUCAGUUAGUGACUCGUUGGCCGUGGUCGGCCUUCGGAAGGCCCUUUUAGUGGGUAUGUUAUCUAAUCUGGGUGAAGAAGACGAUGGCGAGGACGAUGUCGAUGCCAAAAGCGAAAGUUCGUGUCUCGCUGACGAAAGCAGUCUUGGCCCCUCCGACAAAGAGACUCAAGGACCUGAGCUGGAAGACCCCGAUAUUGACAACAUUUCCAAAGGCGUGGCUGGAAUCUAUACCGAUUCUUCGAACACGGUGACCACUAGCUCAAGUUCAUUCCAAUCACCUUCCCUCAAGAAAACACGACGGGCUCGUUCCAUUGUGCGGCAACAAUCCAGGGUCUCGGCCGAGUUCCAGAACUUCGAUCAAGCCCGGCAGUCCUCGUCGGAUGACUCCACAGAGGCGUCUGGCACGCGAUCCAGAGCCAAUUUGCGCAGGGCCCGCUCCACCUCAUCUCAGAGAUCAAUCCCAGUUCCUGUGGUGGAGCGCCAGAAAUGCUUGACAAACGACGGCCAGGACUCCAGUGUUGAAUGCUCUUCUCCGGACUCAUCUUUCGCCACGCUGAUGUUUGCUAGAGAUGCGCCUAAGAUAUCGGCCAAGGACUUGCUAAAGAUCCCACUGACUGCUCCCUCGGAAAUUGGCACGCCUCCACCGCCUGCCAGAUACACCAAUGCCAGUGGACUGGGGCUGGAAAAGCAAAAGCGGAAGAGGUUCAUUCAGAAGAGCCGAAUGAGCUACUCCAUGGACCACCAGCUCAUGCCACGGCAUCGUGAACCAAGUCUGAUGUCUUUAAAUGACACCUUUCAGGACACCGACUCUGAACCGGGGCGUCUUUUACUUCCCAGCCCUAAGGGCCCACGCCGGACGUCCUUCGCUCCCCCCAAGGCUUUGGGUUUGGCAGAGAAAGAAUUGUUGGAAAGACGGCGGAAAUCCGAUCUACCUCUUCACCCUCACUUCCGAAGAUCGUCCAAUGUGACCUUUGCCCCUCAGACCAAGCUCUCAGAUCAUGGUAGAAACUCAAAGUUCGAAAAGGCGGCCAGCUUUCACACAGCUGAAGAUCCACAUGUACACCACAUGAAUUCCGAUUGGUCGACCUCUUUGCCCAUGGUCAUCAAGUCCAAUCCUCGACAGCCUUUCCGGAGCGUGUAUUCCAAUCGGUUGACUGUUCCCGACCCUUAUGGCUAUGCCGAAGUGACCCGGGUUGUUGAGAGGCCUAACCGGUUUCUAAAACGCCAACAUUCCUUUGACAGAGGAAAUGAAAUCCAGAGCGGAGGCCGUGGCACGCUUUGCCAUGAGUGCGCCAACAGUGUCGAUCGCGGUUUGGAUCAAGCCCAACAACAGGAGUACCGACCCGGUAUACUAAAGCAACCCACCCAGUCAUGCGACGGGCAGAUCAAUCAAACAGGCCAUGUGAAGGUGACAGCCUUGUAGCAGGCAUUUGUCAGAGCGGAAUACUUAAUUACAUGUUUACCUAUGAAAAGUCUUACCCACGAAAUACAUGAUUUUCUUCUUUUUU